AUGGCAUCUGUCUUCCAUAAUCUCUGUCACGACAAAGUUCCCAUUUCACACUAUCACUCCCAAAGCAAGAGAGAAAUCCCUAUGCAACACUCCUAUUAUUGUUUCCCAAACAUAAACGUCCCAAUCCAGCCCGCCAAGAUCGAGACGAUCCCAGUCCAAUCGGCGCUGAAGAUCGAGAAGGUCUUCAGAGGGUUUUUGGUGAGGAAAAGCGUGAGCAAAAUCGCUGGGAUCAAGCGUGAGGUGGAUGAGAUAUCCAAGCUAGUUUCUAAGGAGAUGGCGGAUUUUUUGAGAAUUGAUGCCAAGGAGCGGCUGAAGGUGGUAGAGACGCUGAUGAGCUUGCUUCUGAAGCUGGAUGCCGUCAAGGGAGUCGACUCUGGGGUCAGGGAUUUGAGAAGGGCGGUGAUCAAGAAGACGAUUGCUCUGCAGGAUCGGAUGGAGGCCUAUGCAGCAAGUCACCAACCACCUUUGACUGAGAGAAAGCCAUGUUGCAGCUCAUGCGAAAGCAACAAGAAGAAUAGUGAGGAGAUACUACAGAAGAUGGUGGACGAGAAUCAGAGAUUGGUGGGGAUAGUGAUGGAGCUGGUUCACCGAAAUGAGAAGCAAACCCAGCUGCUGGGGUCGCUAUCAAAGAGGGUGGAGAUGCUGGAGGAGACUCUCAUAAAUGAGAGAGUUGGCAGGAAGAGGGCGAGGCGUUCUCAAGAAUGCAGGGAAGAGUUCUUCUAG